AAAAUUCCGAUUCGGACUGGCCGCACUACAUUUUCUUCGUGAUCCCCAUGGGCCUGGUGACGUGCACGAACUUCGUGCUGUGGGUGCUGACGGCGCGGCACUGCGCUCGCGUCAAGUCCGAGGUGCACCGGCUGCAGGCGGGCUCCGUCGGUGACCGAGCAAAGCGUCGGUUUCGAGUUGAUAAAGCCAAGUACAUAUUGACUGGAAAACUGUGGGUAGUCAUGGGUGCCGGCUGGCUGGCAGAGAUGCUGUCCACGAUGACAGGGAACCCAAAAUGGCUGUGGGACAUCAUCGACCGCAUAAACGAGCUCCAGGGAGUCUUCAUCUUCAUCAUCCUCAUCAUGAAGCCAAAGCUGUACUACCUCAUCAGAAAGAGAUUAGGUUGCUCAAGGAUACCGAUUGAUACAAGUAUAUAUUGAAUUUAUUGUCGAUUUCCUUCUUUCGUUUUCGUUACGUUAGUAAAGGUGAGAUCCGACGGUUGACUACAAUGAAUGUUUACUUGAGUGAAUGCAUUUUUCUUUCAUUCUAUAUUCACACAGCUCAUCAAUGAAAGAUUGGACGUUCAUUUGUCAUUUUAUGAUUAAUUUUGUGUUCAGAAGUUUAUCACUUUGAAGUCAACACAAAAUAAACCGUCUGAUUUCACCUCAACGCUAUUAUCGUAGCUUGUAGCUAAAAAUCGAAGUUCUUGAUAUUCUGCUAUAACAUACUAACGCGGUUUUAUUGACACCCAUAAAAUUAUUGCUUAGAUUUUACAACAUAUCAAGUGGCCAAGUGGGCCAAAGAGCAUGUCGAACCUAGCUCGAUGUAGGGAUUCGGAUCCGUAAUUGCUCAUUUGGCACCAGACAUGGACUACAUUAGAUCGCGGUCAAAGAAAACCGAUACUUUUAUGGGAGUUAAUAUAGGCCCAUUUCCAAAACAACUUAAAAAUACUUGUAACAGCUUGUGCUUAUUUGUAAUUUGAACAAUGGGCUAAUCUAUUAAUACCUUAGCGCCACUAAAACUUAUGUGCUAUUCAUAUGUCUACUUAGCAUAACCGUUGUGUAUUACAUCUGAGAUUACAUCAUCAUU